AUGGAGCGGGAGACGCCGGAGGCCGCGCCACCGCCGACCUUUCUCCGCGGGGAGGAGGCGUCGUCGGGGUCAUCGUCGGCGCGCGCGCGGUUCGAGCGCCUGAUCCGGCGGGUGCAGGCGGAGGUGUGCGCGGCGCUCGAGGCAGUCGAGGAGGGCAGCGGCAGCGGUGGCGUGGUGUUUCGGGAGGACGCGUGGACGCGCCCGGGCGGGGGCGGCGGUAUCAGCCGCGUGCUGCAGGGCGGCCGCGUGUUCGAGAAGGCCGCCGUGAACGUGUCCGUCGUCUACGGAGUCAUGCCCCCAGACGCGUACCGCGCGGCGAGGCCCGACGCGGCGGCGGACGCGGAGAAGGCCGGGCCCGUGCCCUUCUUCGCUGCCGGCGUUAGCUCGGUUAUCCACCCAAACAAUCCCUUCGCGCCAACAUUGCAUUUCAACUACAGAUAUUUCGAGACAGAGGCACCGCAAGAUGCUCCUGGAGCACCCAGGCAGUGGCGGUUUGGAGGUGGUACUGACUUGACACCAUCGUACAUCAUCGAAGAGGAUAUCAAACAUUUUCAUUCUGUUCAAAAACAAGCAUGCGAUAAGUUUGAUCCAACCUUCUACCCAAGAUUCAAAAAAUGGUGCGAUGAUUAUUUCCGUAUCAAGCAUCGUGGUGAACGCCGUGGGGUGGGCGGAAUAUUCUUUGAUGAUCUCAGUGACCAUGAUCAAGAAACUCUUCUUGACUUCUCGACAGAGUGUGCGGCCUCUGUAAUUCCUGCAUACAUCCCCAUCAUAGAACGUCGGAAAGAUACCCCAUUUACAGAAGACCACAGGGCAUGGCAGCAGCUACGGAGAGGUCGCUAUGUGGAAUUCAACCUCGUCUACGAUCGUGGCACCACAUUUGGCCUCAAAACUGGAGGAAGGAUUGAGAGUAUCCUUGCUUCCCUCCCUCUGACCGCACGGUGGGAGUAUGAUCAUAAACGGCAAGAAGGGACUGAAGAAUGGAAACUUCUCGACGUGUGCAUCAAUCCAAAGGAAUGGAUCUGAUUGGUUGGAACUGAAGUGCUUGCUCUCCAAUUUUCCGCCGCUAACUUUAUUUUGAAGUGUCUUCUGUGUGUAGAUUUUGUGCAUUUGCAUGGUGCGGUUUCGUCCAGUGAGCUUAUCAAGCUUGGAAAUCUGCGUUUGGCUGUUUGCUUAAUCUUCGUAUAAGGAAAAAAAAUACAUGGUCUUGUUCCUUCCAAUAAAAACCUCCGUUCAAGUGA